AUGACUCCGACGAGCAAGUGGGAGAAGACGCUAUGGAGAAAGUUGCUUGCGAGGGAUGACUCUGUGGACGCGGAGAACCACCUCCACUUUGCUGUAGAAAUGGAUGCUCGUGUUUUCAUAACAUUUGGUGGAGAAUGGAACGAUAGUGAAAAAGAUUACGUUGGUGGUCGCAUGAGAGGAUUGACAGUGGAUAGCCAAAACGUGUCCUCGAGUUGUAUGCCCAUAGCUUGCAUUCCCUCAUUCCAGAGACCCACAGAUCCGAUACCUUCAUUUCCUUCCUCAUCAUCGAACCCCUCUUCUUCCCAACAACCACACCUCUAUUACGGGCAUUUAGGUCAUGAUAUAGCGGGUUUAACACCAUUGGAAUCAGAUGUUGUUCCAUGUAACCUAGGCGAUGACAGGGUAUGUGUUUGGAAUAUGCCGGGAUUAUGGAAUGAUAAUCAAGAUGAAAGUGAUGAAUCAUAUGACUCGUUGGGAAAGUCAGAAGAAGGAGACUAUGAAGCAGAAUUUAUGAAUGAUGACUAUGACGAUGCACGUGAUGAAAAGUUUGAGCCCGAUGUGGAACAGGUACAAGUUGAGAUUCGUAGGGAUGAAGUAGUGGUCCUACAAAUGGGGUGUGAUGGUCUCAUUGGACAGCCUAAUGAUGAGAAGUUGCAACUCAUAGUACAGUCUUCUGGAACAAAUGAUGUUAAGGAGGGCAAAGUAUUUGAUACGAAGAAGGAGUUGAGUUUGAGAAAGCAUUUAGUUGCAAUGCCGCUGAAUUUUCAGUUUAAAGUAAAAAAGUCGACACCAGAAUUAUAUAUACUACGCUGCGUUGAUUCUAGUUGCACCUGGAGACUUCGAGCUAUAAAGCUGAUGGACUGCAAUCUGUUUAAGAUAAAAAAAUACUAUAGCAUCCAUACAUGCAAUGGUGAAGUUUUGAAACAGGAUCAUAGGCAAGCCAAGAAUUGGGUGGUCAGACAUCUUGUCCAAGCGAAGUUUACAGACGUCUCCUGCACGUAUAGACCGAAGGACAUAAUACAAGACAUGAGGAAAGAGUAUGGUGUGAAUUUAAGUUAUGACAAAGCUUGGCAGUCCACUGAAGAAGCACUUCGACUUAUUAGAGGGGAUCCAACAACGUCAUACGGUCUACUACCAGCUUAUGGGUUUCUGGCUUGUAUUCGACCAGUGUUGGUUGUCGACGGGGCCCACCUAAAAGGGAAGUUCAGAUGGGUAUUGUUAACAGCUUCUGGUGCAGAUGCGAAUAACCAGAUUUACCCGGUUGCAUUUGUUAUUGUCGACAGUGCUCUCGACGUAGUGAACAAUUUGGUUUUCGUUUCCGAUAGACAUCAAACCAUUUGUAAGGCAAUUGACAAGGUAUUUUCCACUGCAUUUCAUUGCUUUUGUAUACAACAUAUUAAGACGAACUUGUUAGCAAAAUUUAAAGUCGAUGCGAAGGCACUCGAGGAACUAUUUCUAAAAGCUGCGAAAGCAUAUCAAGAGUCUUAUUUCAACUCAAUCUGGGCUCAACUUGGUGCGUACCCUGGUAUGAGAGAGUAUCUAGAUGACAUUGGGAAGGAGCGUUGGACUCGUUGUUUCCAAACAGAAUUGAGGUACACACAGAUGACCAGUAAUAAUGCAGAGUCCGUGAAUGCCCUCUUUAGACAUGCGUGUAGUUUGCCAGUAACUGCUUUAUUGGACCAUAUCAGAGAACCAAUAUUUCCAAUCAGUCACGUCUCAACGUGGAAAAGCUCGCCAGAUUUUGUCGACAUACCUGCGGAAGCACCAGAUUUGGUUCCUAGAGUUGGCAAGAGGCAGUCAGUUAGGAUUCCUCCACGGGCAAGGUGGGCCAAACAAAAAUUUUUAUGGUAA